AUGAAGUGUACCAACUAUUUGAAAGGCUGUUAUUGCAGCACGGAGUGUCAGAGAAGCGACUGGAAAAGACACAAAACGUUCUGCCAUGAUGCUGUUGACAAAACAUUGAAAUUAGCACAAAGAAUGAAGGCGGUUCAUGAGAUGAAAAAGGAUAACACAGGCCUCGGAGCCACUUACUACUGGGGUAAUAUCCCAGCUGUAGACCUGCUCAAUUUGUCAAUGAAUGAAGGAGAAGAGUAUUCCAAGUCACUGGCUUUGUUGCUUUGCGGAGUUGGCGAUCCAAGGAAUGUUCUACUUACAACUGCUUCGUUACCUGAUGUUUAUACCCAGCAAGUCAGCUUUGUUUUAAAUGACAUCUGUCCUUGCACAUUGGCCAGAACCGUUCUGCUUCUAUACAUGUUAUAUAAG